AUGUCCGGGGACUCGGUACCAGGGCAACAACACCCCCUCCCUCCUCCGUCUAACCAGAAUGACUCCGAUGAGGAAGAAGUCCUGGAAGGGAACGCAUGCCAAGCGCCCCCUCGCAAGGCCUCCCUCGAACCCCAAAGUCCUGUCAAGAAUACUCCCAGAAAGACGUAUAGUUCCGCAAAGAAAUCAGUCGGCGCUGUGGCCUUGACGCCCCAAAGACGAGGUAGAAGCAGUGCUCCCUCAUCGGCGGCCAAGUCUACGACAAAGACUGCUGUCAAAGCGGCGUCCAAGGCGGCCCCGUCGCCAACGCCAAACCGUAAAAGGGUGGCCCCUGCGGAAGAGAUCAACUCUGAAGCUAGACUUACUCGGAGUGGAGCCAAAUCCGCUGCGACGCCCACAAAGUCAAAAGGCAAAAAGGCUCCCAGCAAGACACCGAUGUCGACUGUUCAGAGGGGCCGCAAUAGCCUCGCUGGGACGCCUACGCUCGCUUCGGGCCUCAGGGAUGGGUUGCCGACGCCUUCACCGGCUCUUCGUGCGUCUACCAGAAAGAGAGCGAGGGGAGAAGGUGUCUCGAAAGCUCUUACUUUCGGAGACGACGUUUUCGAUGACGAUGAAGAUGAAGAGAUUCGAGCCAAGAAACAAAAAGCGGAGGAAUAUACCCGAGAGCAAUUCUUGCAGAAUGAAAAACAACGAAAACUGAGAGAGGCGAGGAAUUAUCAGUUUACAGGGGAUAGCAAUGCUCCUCGUACGACUCGAAGUGGAAGGGCCAUCCGGGAUACGAGAGAUGAAGUGAUGGACGUAGAGGAAGAAGAGUUGGACGAGUAUGGAGGCAAGCCACAGGACGAAGAACCUCUCGCCCCAUCUGCUCCUCUCAUACCCGAGUUUGAGCUCUCCACUGCCCCCCUUGUCCCGACAUCCCCACCUCUCGCACUCUCACCCGCGCCUGAACCCGAGAUCAUCACAGGUGAACCCCUUCCCGACGACGCCGAGCCUGUCUUGAAGACCAUUCUCAACACUCUGAACUCGCGCGGUAUAACACAAGAUCCCCCACCUUUCCUGGACGAGGACAAGAACGAGGCAUUGCAGGGUAUCUAUAAUCUCAUCAAAGGUACCGUGGAUAGGGGCGAGGGCAAUAGUGCUCUGGUGGUUGGUCCUCGAGGAUCUGGAAAGACUAGGACCGUUGCUAGGGCUCUCAGCCUUCUCCCUUCUUCCGCUGCCAGAACAGCACCGAUAAUCGUCCGUCUGUCCGGCCUUGCCCAAACAACGGAUAGGCUGGCCAUCAGGGAGAUGGGCCGUCAGAUUGCUGAAGCGGAAGGACGAGUCAUGGAGGAAGAGGCUGUGGAUGAGGAUGAACGAGGAGACGAUGAAGAAUACGCGCCAACUACACUACCAUCUCACUUGCUCGCGCUGUUGACCGCGCCGUCACCUAGGGCGAUCAUCAUCCUCAUAGAAGAGUUUGACCUCUUCACAGAGCAUGCCCGUCAAGCUCUCUUAUAUUGUCUCUUUGAUGUCGUGCAAAGUGUCCGCUCCGGUCCCGUCGGCACCACUCCUCGAGGAUUGGCAGUCAUCGGCAUCACUCCCCGGCUCGACACCCUUCUUCUCCUUGAGAAGCGUGUCAAAUCCCGAUUCUCUCACCGUAUCUGGCGAGUCACUUCCCCUCUGGCCUCUGUUAUGCAAGGAGGCGUUGGAGGAGUCGGCAAUGGAACAGAGGGACAAGGUCGAGGCGGGUGGGAGGUGCUUCUGAAGAUGGCGUUGAUACCUUGGUAUCCCGAGAGCGUGUUGGAUGACCCGGAAGAGAAGUGGAGAGGCGACUGGGAGUAUGUCGUUAUUACUACAUUGGGCGAUGAGCGCAUCAGACGGUACUUUGAUCGAUUGGUCGGUUUGACGACCGACGUACGCGUAUUGUACCGCCCCUUCAUACUCCCUAUAACUCGCGUUAUAACGCGCUUGGACCAGAAGCUCGACUCCAAAAUCCUUGCCGACCAGAUAUUGGCCCAGGUCGAGACGUCUUCUUUCGGACUUCAAAACAAUAAGCUCCGUGGGCUCCCAACUCCUUGUCUGGGCAUAUUGAUCAUUGCCAAGCAUCUGGCUUUUGCGGGACGAGAGGAAUUCACCUACGCAAUGGUUGAGGAGGAGUACCUCAGGUUCGCGAGGACAAGACUUGUCGGUAUCGGAAAAGUCAGGUGGAGUGUAGGGGUCUUGCGGACUGCUUUCAGCAAUCUCGUACGCAUAGCCCUGCUCGCCCCGACUUCAUCAUCCACAACUGUGACAAACAAACAACAUCCUAAUUUCUUGAAAGUGCGGUGCACUCUCUCACCCAACGAGAUUGUAGAGUGGUUUACUGAGGCGGGCAAGGACAGUGUCGGUCCCGAGAUGGGCACUUGGGGAAGAACCUUGGGUGGGCAUGCUUGA